CACAAAACCUCUACUACAACCCCGCUCAAUCAACAAAAUGUCUGAUCAAGAACCUGUUCCAAAGCCAGAAGGGUGAGUAUAGAACGAAAGAACAAAUUAAGCCCAAUCAAGCGAUCGUGGUAUGAUUGCUUGAAUGAUCGAUUGCAUAGAUUAUUCGCCACCUUUUAUUUUUACACAAUCACUAACGCAUUCCCACCCUUACCCAAAUCGCAACAGCACUGAACAAUUGAACAUCAAAGUUAAAGAUGCAGAUGGAAAUGAAGUCUUUUUCAAAGUCAAGAAACAUACUCGUUUAUCCAAAUUGAAACGUGCAUACGCAGAACGAAUGGGCAAACCUGAAAAUGCUGUUCGUUUCAUUACUGCUGAUGGUACUAGAAUUGGUGAUGAUGAUACAGCUGAUACGGUGAGUGUGAUUGUUGCGUUCUUGUUUGUGAGACUGGAAUUUGACCCUAAUCUCCCCCUCUCCUUCAGCUCGGAUUGGAAGAUCAAGAUGAAAUCGAUGCAAUGGUGGAACAAUUGGGAGGUAACUAAUCUUGUGCCUACGAGAUAAGCUCGCCAUACGGAG